AUGGCCUCAGCCGACGUCAGCGGUAUGCACGAGCUCGAAAAAGCUCAACAGCAAAAGUCGCUAGACCUUGUCUUAGGCGGACCAAGCACAGAAGCAGCAGAUAGAGGGCCCACUUCGUCGGCUAGGGAAGAGACCCUAGACCAUGGGCAAAGGCCCGAAGCCCCACAUGCAGAGCUCAAUGACAAAGCGCCCACUGAACCACAUGUGAAUGGUCGGGAACAGGCUGAAUUGACCAUUGACAAAAGCGAAGAGCUCGGAGAUCCAGGAAUUCAAGACGAAGAUCGAACAUCUCAAGAUAUAAUGGUAUAUUUCAAAGACGCUGCUCAUUACGAGCAAACUGCUUCGCAGCCAAAGCCUUUCUAUAUCACGUCUCUGGUGGGAGAGACUCGCCCAGGAGUCUUGAUCAUUACAACGAAGAGAAUGGCGAGCAUGAGCCUGAAGCAGGCCCUGUCCGUGAGUCGGCAGCAAAUCAUGCAACUCUUGAGAGGCGAGGGCCUUCAAGCUCGGCUGAUAGCCCUCGACGAAUUCUAG